UAACUCUCGGCCGGAUUCAAAUCAAGGGCGGGGUCCAUGGGCGCAUGAUGCAGAUUCUGUAACAAGCACACCUGAACGAAGUUACCCUCCAGCACCAUCCUUCUCUGUCUUUUGACACUUUCAAUUUCCUAAAGGCCAUACAACGCUCUCCGGUUCCUACUCGCCCCGAUCGACAAAUGAACCCAUACAAGGCACAACAGCGAGUCCAAAUCGACGAAUCGGAGACCCCCAAGUACGAAGGCGAUGUACAAGAAGAAGAACAACAAGAAGAAAAAUGGAUGCGAUUGCGACCGUCUGAUAGUAAUGUGACGGAAGAUCAGGAGCCGUUCAUGGGAAUCAAAGUCAGACGAAAAGCCUCCCUCCGUCGAGAAUACAAAGGAGACUACUUGGAUGUCCCUUCCCGCCCUUUCUUAAUGAAGAUCUUGCGAAAACAAGGUGAUAAGCAAGUUUUAUUUGCUGAUAAAAUUUUGAAGUUCACUUCAUCAGGGAAGAUGAAACGGCGGAUUCUUAUGAUUACUGAUUUUGCAAUUUACAUUGUUGAUCCUGACACCGAUGUGCUUAAACGCCGGAUAGCUUUAGCAGCCGUAGAUAAGAUGUGUUUGAGUGAAUUAAGCGAUAAUUUCUUCGCCAUUAUCAUUCCAACGGAGUACGAUUUACUUAUGGCUAGUACUCGCAAAACUGAAAUUGUUACUGUCUUGGUUGAAGCUACCAAGAGUGCUUCUGAAUAUGAACUUGAGGUCGUUUUUUCCAAUAGGUUUGAAUAUAAUGCUUCUGCUGAUCUCAUUAAGGAAGUUCAGUUUGAGGAAGUUGAAGGGGGUGUUAGAACAAGAAUUGUGAGGAAGUGAGUUGCCAACAUGUAUUUUUGCUUGAGUGAGAUCUUUUGGUGAAUUGCACUGUUCAAACUGUUAAUGAGUGAUUCAUUGGUCUUUGUAUGAGGUUCUGCUCAGCUUGGAGGCCACCCCGAAAUAUUGUACCUUAUUGUUUUAUACAUUAAUAUAUUGUUUGUAAUUCUUUUUUUACUUUAAUGAG